CCGACCUUUCCAAUAACGAUUGCACCAAAAUUGACUGCGGAUUUGUAAUUGCAAAUUCUUUACCCCUAAAACAUGCUCCCAUUUUUUCGUUACGCUCGCACCAUUCAAAGGUUUUAAUUCUUCUCUUCCAAAAAAUGUUGCCGAGAAAUUGAGGGAUUCCUUCUUUGCAGAUGGAUUGUUACUUCGUUUUCGUAAAUCCGAAAGCCAUAUUCUGAUUCCUAUAUAUAGCCUAGAUUUCUGUUCCAUUUUUCGGAUAAAUGUCUGAAUUGGUAGCGCGGACUGGACGGCAGCAGCAGCGCUACGAGGAUGGUUACCGCCUCAUUGCUGGGUGUAUUCCCUUCAAAUUCAGGAAUUCAGAAGAUGGUGAUGAUUCACCUGAGAAGGUUGUAGAGGUGCUGAUGAUCAAUUCAACUAGUGGACCUGGUCUUUUGUUUCCAAAGGGUGGAUGGGAGAAUGAUGAGACGGCUGAGGAGGCAGCUGAAAGGGAAGCCAUGGAAGAGGCUGGAGUAAGAGGUGAUUUAGUGCAUUAUCUGGGAUGCUAUCCUUUCAAGAGCAAAACCCUCCAAGACGAGUGUAGCCCGGAAGGUUUAUGCAGAGCUGCCAUGUAUGCUUUGCAUGUGAAGGAGGAACUCGAGUAUUGGCCAGAGAAAAGCCACCGGGAAAGAAGAUGGCUGAGCAUCCCUGAAGCCACCAGAUGCUGCAGACAUGUCUGGAUGAUAGAGGCUCUCGAAGAAGGUUUCUCAAAGUGGUAUGCCAAUGGUAUGAUCAGUACUUUACCUAGCAAGGACUCUCCAUCAGAUUAGAAUCGAAUUUUCUUGUAUGGUACCACAAAACUGAUUUUGGUGCCAGUUUUCAUUUUAGUCUCAAUAUUCCCUUUUUUAUAUGUAGCCUUAUUUCUCAAUGAGAGCGAUAAGCUAAUCAUUUUGGAGAACCUUCGUUGAGUUCGUCUACAUUUUGAAAGAGUUGGAAAAGAUGCAUUGUUUUUGACAGAA